AUGUCGCGCGGCAAAAAGGGCAAGAGCAAGGCCAAAGGCGGCUCAGCUAAGAGCACACCGCAGCGCGCGCCUUCCAAACGCCACUCAUACCAGUCAUGGCCAGUCCAUGAAGAGACCGCGUCCAAGUUCUCCCUCAAGGACGAAGCAAAAUGGAUGUCCAGUCACCGCACCGCUGCGUUUGAGGCUGGCAAGAAAUUGCGACACAUGCCCAUCGAAUUCAUAAGUGCCGGUCACCUCGAAGGCACGCUGAAGAAACUGGACACGCCUGAAACAGAUACUGCCCAGGUCUCGUCUGAUUCUGGCGCCGAGUCAAAUACACCGUCCUCGCCCUCUUCCACACCCGACAACACAACAGCAAUGGCACACAUGGCGAUCCGCAGCCCCUCGCCUGCGCUCUCCGAGGCUUCAUCAUCGAGCGCUGAUGAGGUGCUGUUCAGAGGUCGUGGAAACCAGUCAUCUGCUGCUCCCGUCGCCACCUCAUCUACAGAACAGGCACCCAAAGCCACGCCUACCGCCACGCCACAACCCUUCGAAGGCACACCAUCACGACCAUUACAGUCUACUCCUGCAGUAGAAACACCACCUGUUGAGACGCCUGAGUUCACAACUGCCUCAGCCGUCGAUCGUGCAUCAGUGAUUGUGACAGGCGACGCCCCAGUAUCGGUUGAGCUCAGUAUUCGAGGCAAUGCUGCUUCUCGGCUAGAAGCAGAAGUGGGCUCAGAUGCUGACGACGUUGAUCAAGACCAAUUCGCGAGGCGAAGAGGAGGUAGGCCUGCGUGGGAAGGCAAAACUACCGAAUGGCAACACCGAAGCAAGCCCAAUGUUGGAUGGUUGCCUGAUGCUGACCGUCCCGACAUGAAUGACUAUCUGCACGGCGAGGUGAACCCCCGUGACGCAGCUAUUGACGACUACAUGCAGAACAUGGAAGAGUUCGGUCUCACCGAAGACCUGCUGGCUACAUCUGGCUUCGCUCGUCGUGAAAUGGAUCUGGACGCAGGCAGCCACAACGAUUGGGAAUCGGUGUCUGGAAGUCAAGACGGUGGCAACGAUGGAGAGGGCAGCGACAACUGGGAUUCAGACAUGUUGCAGGAUUUCGAAGACAUGAGCACCUCAUCAGAUGUGAUGGACAAAGUCGUUCGGAUUCUAUCAAAGCGCACCCGCAAGAGUGGCCAUCAAUAUCUCUGCGUGUACGAAAACUCUGUCACGGACGAUGCCCGUUGGCUGUCUUACACACAUCUCAAGACUGCCGACGAGAAGCGGUUGAUCAAAGCUUUCGAGGCAGAGGUCUACGAACGUGAACAGCAGAUGCUUUCCAGUAGUGACUCCGAGAAUGAAGAUGACGACGACGAUGACGACGACGACGAAGACGAAGAAGACGAAGAGGAACUCGACGAUGAGACUAUUGCGAAGAUCUUGCAGAAGCAAGAAGAACUUGGCCUCGGUGGCGACGAGGUAAUGUUGUAUGCUGGCGACGAUUUCUUCGACGACUCAGGCCCUGCCAACGACUACUCGUAUGGCGCUUACAGCAGACCUAGCAAAAAGAAGGGACGUGGACGAGGUAACAAGGAACCUACUUUCCCCUCGGCCUCUGCUAUGGUUGCAGCCCUUGAGAUGGAUCCAUAUGGCGGUUUUGACAUCAUGGACACUGAGCGCCCAUCCUUAAAGCCUAAGAAGAAGGGCCGACGUGGCCAGCCACCGCCAGAAUUGGAUGACUCCGAUCUCAACGAACAGCUACAGAGCGCGUGGGCAAAUGAUAGAGAAAAGAAGCGCCUUAAGAAGGCGGAGCGUGAGGAGCUGCGUCAACAAGGCUUACUAGGUCGUAAGGGUAAAGGUCCCAAUCUCAAGGUCAAGUACCAGGGUGGUAUUGACAUGGAGGACAUUGUCGAAGAGCUUCGUGAGUUCUUGGUGGGUGACAUGCAGACACUGUCUCUACCGCCCAUGGAGGCCUAUCGCCGCGCCACCGUCCACCAAGCCGCUUCAUUCUUCAAUUUGAACUCCCGUUCCCGUGGCGAUGGUAACGACAGAUUUACUAUUCUCUCCAAGACCAAUCGCACGCGCAUAUAUACUGAUGACGAGUUUGAUAUUGCGAUUGCAAAGAAGGGCUUCCAGAAGCGCCUCAAAGGUCCUCUCUAUUCGCAGGGCGGUGGCGGCCGUCCCGGGAAGUUCUCUACUGUCAAACACAAACAGGGAGGUGCACGUUCCCGUCCUCUGCUGGGUUACAAGGACGGUGAGACCGUUGGCGCAAACGCACCAGAGUUGGGCCCGGAAAACAAGGGUCAUGCUCUGAUGAUGAAGAUGGGGUGGUCCAAGGGCACUGCUCUCGGUACUGCCGACAACAAGGGAAUUUUGCAACCUAUUCCGCAUACUGUCAAGACCAACAAGGCCGGUUUACAGUGA